AUGCAGCAAGCAGCGACGAUCCAUCCGACAAGCGGCCUUUGCCGCAUCACAAGCGCCUUCAAUGGCCGUCUCCUCUUCUCGUGUGGCCUACUGGCCCUUUCGCAGAUCAACUUCGGGAUGGACCUGAAGGCCUUUGCCACAACCCAGGCGAUGCCCUUCUUCGUUCAAAAGUUUGGCACCAGGAACGCUCGCACCGGAUCCUACGCGUUCGAGCCGUAUUUCCUCUCGCUGCUAAACAGCUUGAAUUACAUCGGCUUCGCGUUUGGCUUGGUGUCCGGGAGUUUCAUCAGCCGUCGAUUUGGGCGGCGCGUUUCCCUGUUUACCAUGUGUAUCUGGGCCAUCGUUGCCGCCAUUACUAUACUCACGGCUGAGAACAGAGAGCAGAUCCUCGCUGGGCGCAUCAUUGCGUACGUGUAUAUCGGAAUGGAACUCGCAGUUAUACCAGUCCUGCAAUCUGAAUUGGUACCAAAGCACGUUCGCGGGUUUGUCGUGGGCACGUAUCAAUCCGGGAUAUUGGUUGGCAGUCUCAUUAUGGCAGUAGUCUGUCGCGGCACCAGUGAUAUCCAAGGCCAUGAUUCCUGGCGCAUCCCAUUCGGUCUCUUCUUCAUUGUGCCCACGAUUGUCGCGUGUGGCGUCUGGUUUACCGACGAGUCACCCCGCUGGCUCUUGCUAAAGGGUCGUCGCGAGGAUGCAUACCAGUGCCUUAUCCGACUGCGGAAGGGUGCCUUUUCCGACGAAGAGAUUGAAAAGGAAUUUCAGGAUUUGGAAACCAUCACUUCAAGCGCGUCAGUUGAGAAGGGGGGUUUUGCUGAGAUGUUCCGAGGCACAAAUCUUAAGCGUACCUUGGUCUCAGUGGGAGUCAACUUGUUCCUACAGUUGACGGGCAACAUCUUUGUCACAAUCUACGGGGCAGUCUUCAUGUCUGGAUUAGACGGAGUAAAUGCGUUCACCAUGACCACCAUCAACACCGCAGUCAAUGCUGUCAUCACGCUUUUGUCACAAUUCUUGACAGACCGAGUAGGACGGAGGCCACUCUUACUCAUUGGCGCCGUGAUACAAACAGCAGCUCUGUUCACCAUGGGCGGCCUCGGAACAAUCGCCAACCCAGGCUACCACAUCCGAGUUGCAAUCGCGGUCAUGACAACGAUAUUCGGCGUUGGCUUCUGUCUAGGCUGGGCGCCCAUAUCUCAUAUUGUCGCGGCGGAGAUUCCAUCCUCCCGGCUAAGAGAUGUCACCUACUCGUUCGGCUCCUCGUUCAACAUCCUCGUGCAGUUUGUCAUCUCGUUCUGCAUUCCUUAUCUACUCUACGCGCCGUAUGCCAACUUGGGCUCCAAGGUCGGAUUCAUAUUCGGGUCGUUUGCACUCCUCGCCAUUAUUUUCUCCUACUUUUUCGUUCCCGAGUGCAAGGGCAAGUCGCUCGAAGAAAUAGACGAGCUGUUCGCCCGAGGUGUUCCACUCCGCAAGUUUGGCGACACGACCACCACCCAAGCCGAGAUCGAAAUGGAGAUCAAGGAGAAAGUAUAG